AUGGCGAAACCACCGGAACACACUGCUUCCGAGGAACUCACGCUUUCGUCCAGAGGCUACCGACUGUUCAAAGUCCUCGGUGAGGGCUCCUAUGCUAAGGUGUACCUUGCGGAGUACAAGGGCACCGCCGGGGACGAGAAAAACAAGCCCCGGCAAUUGGCCUGCAAAAUAGUCGACACAACGAAAGCCCCCCGCGAUUUUGUCAAGAAGUUCCUGCCGCGCGAGCUGGAUAUUUUGGUCAAAAUCAAUCACCCGCACUUGAUACACGUCCACAGCAUUUUUCAGCGCAAAUCAAAGUACUUUAUUUUCAUGAGGUAUGCGGAAAACGGCGACUUGCUCGAGUUUAUUUUGAAAAAAGGCUCGAUUUCGGAGGCACAGUCGCGGGUUUGGAUGCGACAGCUAGCCCUAGCUGUGCAAUAUUUGCACGAUAUGGAGAUAGCGCACCGGGAUUUAAAAUGUGAAAAUGCCUUAAUCACCAGUAAUUAUAACUUAAAAGUGUCCGAUUUCGGAUUCGCGAGAUACGUGACAGACGCCUACGGCAAAAAACUGACCAGUGACACGUACUGCGGGUCUUUGAGCUACGCAGCCCCCGAAAUCCUCAAAGGCUCGCCCUAUCACCCCAAAAUCGCCGAUAUUUGGUCACUUGGAGUUGUCUUAUACAUCAUGCUUAACAAAGCCAUGCCUUUCGACGACACAAAUAUCAAAAGACUCCACGAGCAACAAAUGAACCGACAGUGGAAAUUCCGGUCGAAAGUCGUCGAUGUGAUAAGUUCGGAGGUGAAGCGUCUCAUGAGCCACCUCCUAGAGCCGGACACGUCCAAGCGGUGGAAGAUCGAGCAGAUUUUGGCGUCGGAUUGGUUCGGGAUGGACCCACGGCUGGCCCAGUUGAACCCAGCGGAACAGGCGGCCAUGGUCCAUGCCCAGGAAGAGCGUAAAAAAUAUAUGGACAAUCUGAGGAAGAAAUCGGGACCUAAAGCCAUCAAAGGCGACGGUUCGAAAGAAGUUUCGGUGUUGAAAAAAGAAGUCGAGACGCAGGAGACCAACAAGUUGGCCACGAUGAGUCUCCCCAGCAUGAUUGCGGAGGAUUGAAAAAACGAACAGUCCGAUAGUUUUAUGUGGUAAUAAAUAUUUAAAAUGAGUUUUGUUUCAAAGGCAUUGAAAUAAAUAAAUUGUUCUGUUUAAA